AUGGCGACCUCCAACCCUUAUGGUACUGGGAAUUACAAGACCAAUGUGGGAAGAGCCAUCUCGAAGAAAUGGAAAGAUCUCCGCCAGGUAAAUUAUGAGGGCGCAGACUGGGGAGACGAUGAUGAUGAUGAUUACGAUGAGCCACACGCCGUGUCUGCGGACAACCCUCGACCUCCUGCUUUGGGCGCCCAGUCCAACAUCUAUCCACCCAAUCGUAGCUUCACCAGUCCUUCCCCUCCUCGAGCCGGCCAAAGACCAUCUUUUGAUCACGGCGAUGAAAGAAGACAUCUUGGUUCCUCUGUUGGCUUUGAAUCGGCAUACCCCACAACCCAGCGUUCGCCUUUCCCAGAGCCUCAACACGACGACGGAUACUCUGCUUCAAGCUAUGGGAUGCAGCCUCCUCUUCGUCUCAACACCCAGGCACAGGCUCCCAUGCCUCCAGGUGGCUUCCGCCCAGGCUCAAGAGGCAGACAAUAUCCGGCAUACGAAGAUGUGCCUUUCUCAGCUCCAGGAAGCUUUCCGCAGCAGAACCUCGCUGGCUUCGGUGGGCAUCCCCCUUAUAGUGACGUCUAUCAGCGCCGUGAAAGUCCCAUGAGGCCCGAUAGUCGUUCUUCCAACCGAUCUCACCGACAAUUCCCUCCGCGCAAAGCAAGCCUGAGCCAACAGCCGCCUCAGCCAGAUUUCAUGCCACGCAACGAGUCACCCGUGCCCUCUUCAUCCCCUGGACCAGGAAGUAGCACUGCUACUGACGAUCGUCCUCCACCAGUGUUCAUUCGGCCGUCAGAUAUCUACAAGCGUAUGCCUGAGGAGAUGGAGAAAGUGCGCAAAUCACAAGAGUCAUCCCGUCCAAGCAUGGAUUCAGCGUCAAACCCACCCAGGGAAGGCUCUAUUGGUGGCCGCUCGACUUCGUCAGAUCCCAAGGAACAUACAGGCGCUAUGCAGAUAGCAGGAGAUGACUCGGAUUCGACCCGUCGCCUGAAACCCACCUUGGACCCCGUCCCGGAGCGUAAGAGCGAAUAUGGGUUCGACAAUCUGGUCAAGAUACCAAGCGACGACAUCAAACAACCGAAGGAGAUGAAGCCCGAGACUGACACUGUGGGCGUGUCCAGACAUGAUACUACGGCAUCAUCGGUCUAUACCGAUCGCCCGGACCCAGUUUCCGCCUCAACCAUCUCUCGUAAUGUAUCACUCACUGAGUACCCUCCCGAGGCGAAUCAUCGCUUGCCAAGUGGGAAGGAGUCCUUUGGGUUGCCCCUAGUUCACAGGACGUCUGGAUUUGAUGUGGACCUUGGUGCAGUGGAAAAGUCGGGGUCGGAGCCUACACCCAUGGCGUCGCAGUCUUCGAGCGAUAUGUUACCCAAGGAACACUUGUCAAAAGAUACCCUUGGAGACGAAGGUGCUGAACCGAAAAGGCAAGGCUUGCAGCACCACCCAACCCUCGGCUAUAGAUCAGUCGUCCAGCAGGCCUUCGAUCAGAGCGAAAACCAAUCACCCUUUUCUCCCACCUCUACAUCGGAGACAGUUGAUCGUUCAAAUAGUGCCUCAACGACAGACAUUAGCCCUAUAAUAAGUCGCAGGCCUGACCCGGGGCCGACUCUAUCUGCCAUCCAGACCGCGAAGGCCGCCGUACCCGAAGAGCCAGCGCACUCAGAGUCACGUCCGACUUCAACCGCUACGUUGAAGCCUGGUGAUGUACGACCAACUCAGGACGAAGUGCUUUCUCCACCACCUCCUAUUCGUUCUGGCUAUCGACGGGAGGUCAACCCUCCCAGUCGAGAUAAUAGUCCUGCGAAGAAGCCUCGUGAGAUUGGACCCCGGGAACUCCCACAACCACAGCAUGGCUCACUUGUCGGUGACGGGACUAAACAAUCCGUAGCAGAGGAACCAGCUCGUGGUAGGGCAUUGGAAGGCAAACCACUUCCUGCAGAACCCAAAAGAGAAGCCCCCUCUGCAGGCAUCGCCAAUCCUCCAUCCCUGCUGAGCUCGGACCUUCCAUCAACAAUGGAAGCCCACGAUCCCACAGCCACACUAAGAACGAGCCCUGUCCCGUCCACUGUUGCCGUUCCACAUGCUCAACCCCCGCCACCGAGUGACGGCCAAGGGCGACCAACACCACAAGCGCGAUUUGAGAGCUUUCGUCCCUCGAUUCCUGGGGGCUGGCAAUCAUAUGCCUCAUCCGCAGGCUCAGCCACACCUGGCACCAGCACGCCUUUACAAACUCAGAGAAAUAAUCCAUUACCUCAGCCUCCAUUUACUCAGAGCCGAUUCGAUAGCACUGAUAGCAUACCUACUGCUCGUGCUCCUACGAACUUUACUUCUGACGGGGAUGGCGUCACCCGAAAGGCUUUCGCCGCAGCCGCUUCCGCUGGAAGUGCUCUAGCUGGAGCGUUGGCCGGACACCGAUUGACCGAACAAACGCAAGGCUCUGGCGAAUCGUCAGAAGGAGAGAAUGCAAACGAAUGGGACGCGUCGAGCUCAUCUAGCGAGGAGGCAGAGCCAGUAAAGUCUGGCACGGCGCCGGAGAGCCGGGGCGGCAAGCAAAUGAAUGGGAACGAACAAGAGAACUUGGAGACGAGAACAAACUCUGGGCCGGUAAUCAGCUCGAUUCGACCUCCAUCUGUCGCGAGCUCAACGCCGUCAUCAACUAAUAUUUCUGCCGAGGCCAGGGAAUCCCGUGAAAAUGUUGACUACAUACCGGCACCUUUGCGUACCAGUCGACUGUUUGAUACCUCGGGCCCUCGUCCACCGAUACCCAGUGUCUCAAUGCCACAAGAGACCCCCAAUGAGAGUGACAAUGAGCGGUUACAACAGGAAAUUGUCAAGAGUCUGACUCCGAAAUCUUCGAACUUGGAAGGCCAAGCUGCAGAAGGAAGCAGUUUGUCCGACACAGUUCCCCGAGGGACCACACAUCAAGCUGUCACCGAUGCACAACUCGACUCUCAGAAACUUCCUCCUCUACAAGUCGUCACGCCUCGAUCAAGCGAAGCCACCGCCUUUACUAAUGGUAAAAAUUUGACCGGCUCUGACCUGCCACGAGUUGAAUCCACGACGAUACCUUCACAAUCUUCCACUGCAUUUCCUCGGGGUGACGCUACAUCGUCAAGCAUCAACGCAGACAUGACAGGCACUGGUCAAACAGAGCCUUCUGUUGAACAGAGAUUGCCAACGGCCGGUAAACCAUUCCUGCAACAACGAUUUUCCUGGGAAACAGCCAGCUCACAACCGCCCUCAGCGUCAACACCUAAGCAAAUGAGCCCGCCUUCUACAAGUUCUCCGGAUACGAUUAUAGCUCAAAUUCCACCAGCAUCAAGCUCAGUCGACAAGGCUCAGAUUGGAGCCAAUGAGCCUAUAUCUAGGCAAGCGACUGUGUCGUCACAUCAGUCCAUCCAACCAGUACCGGCCUCUAGAGUUCCCACGACUGCUGCAGAGGUGCCCCAGUCUCCACACCAACCUCUCGACGGGCAACCAACUUUCCGUACAAUCAUGAAUCUCGGUUCCUCGGCAGAGCGCAUCAAGGCAUUCAAUGAGAGUAGGCAAUUCUACGCCGCGCCAAAUGAACAGCUGGGUAAUUGGCUUCUGUCCAUGAAGACCCCGGAAAAUUCGGAGCUGUUUGCAACAAAUGGGCGGCUCUCUCUAGACACGGUCGAGAGCAGCACCACACACAAGCCGUCGCCGCGACGAAUGUUGACAGAAUCUGCUGGACACAUGCAAGAGGAUGGGAAGCGGCUGAUGGCAGCCGCAGGACGAUUCGGUGGCAAAGCAGGCACUGCAGCCAAAGGACUUUUUGCUAAAGGAAAGGAGAAGAUGCGUCACGCGAGCUCCGGUGAAAAGGUAGGGACACUGGCGAACCGACGGAAGUCUACUGGACCUCUUCCGGACGAGCCCGAAGACCUUGCCUCCCUUUCCCAACCACGAGAUUCCACAACCUUUGACGGUCCACCACAGAUUCCAUUGAAUAUCACGCCGGCCUCUCCCAAUGAUUGGUUUUCAAAUCCCGAGCUCAAGAGGUCACUGACCGGUGAUCUGCAUCAAAUCCGGCAGCCAGAAACAUCAGCUUCGCCCAUCGCUCCAGAGAGUCAAACAAGCACCCGGUCAGAGUUGGAGCACAUCAAGGUGUUACCUGGUGGCGGCAGCACCUCUUCUGGUACCCCUGUCGUGCCUGUGCUUGCUCAUAGUCCGGCGAUUUCGGCAUUGGACAGCGACCAAGAACAGCACCAGGAUAACGGUAUGCCCAGCCGUUCAGUGAGCCAGUUGACCAGACCUACCGAUCAAUCACCUAUUGAAUCCCCAGUUCGAGAUAUUGAACGAACCAAAAGUCAGAGAGAACGUCCUGCAAAUCAACAUCAGGUCAAUGCUAUUGAGUCUGGUGGUUUGGCUCCGAAUGCUCUCGCCGCACCAAAGCCUUUUGCGGAGCAUCACGAUGGAUCAGCCUCCGACGUGCACUCCAGCGAUAGGAGCCUACAGGUCCCACAGGUCCGACGAAGAUCUAUCGUAUCCGAUGUAUCUAGUGCUAGCCCAAGUCCCGGCCCUGGCGCUGAACUGCAAUACGCCCGAAGGAGUGUGUCUCUAUCACCUGCCGACGAAGCACCAGUUGACCAAAUACCUGCUCCGUUUGGAGAACCAACAACCCAGCCUGAAAAUCGAUUUCAAUCAAUGGCAGCUGGGGCUGUAUUGAACCAAACAUCCUUGGAUGCCGAGGAACGUCCAACUGAGCCUCCGACAGGGGCGUCGCAGUCGCCGGCAAUCCAAGAUGAGCUUUCUCAUGUACAAGAUUCGAAACCACUCGGUGAGGACAUACAGCCACAUCCUGUGGUUGAACCACCAGCUCAGCAGCCAGCAUUGCAGCAUGAGCAAACCCGCGAGAACUACUCGACUGGCCAACAUCGACCCUUCUCAUUUGCUGGCAUUGAAGGUAUCGGUGCCAUCCACCAAUUAGAACAGAUACAUGAACCAGAUCUGAGCAGGAUUCCGUCCCAACCAAUGAGUCCCAUAAGUCAGGGCCAGAGCAGCGCAGGACUCAGUAAGGAGAUGUCACAAGUCAGCGUUGAAGAGGUUACGGACCAGGCGAAUGCACCAGGGCAAAGAAUUUCAAGGUCAUAUUCCAGACCUUUCGGCGUUGAUCCGAAUGUGGGCAAUCAUCCAGCUUUGCGUGCAACCGAGCCUGAGCAACCCCCAAAGGAUCGUGCUCAGAUGUACUCUACUGAAAGUCCUUUACCUAGUGCAAGACGUCCCCAAGAAGAGCUUGAUCGUCUGCGCCAGCCAAAAGGACAGCAACAGAUUCCCGUCAUGCAUCAACACCAGCCAUCUUUGGACGAGGAAUAUCGUAUACCAGGCCCAUACGUGCAGGAAUACCGAUCACCAAAGCAAAUCUCUGCACCCAAGAGCGGUCGAAGCAGUGUUCAAGUGCUACCUAAUGGGCCGCCACUACCCAGUGCGCUCAGGUCUCAGCAAUACUCCAGCCAGAUUUCUCCUCAGUCUCAUCCCGGGCCGACCUCCAACGUCUCAGUGGAAAGACCGAAUCGCCAGAGUUACCACGAGCAGUCUUCUUACAAGCCUGGCGCCGCUGCCCAUAUUGAAUAUGACGUGAAGUCUGGACAGUUUCCAACUCAGCCUGGUGCUCAGUCGUUUCAGCAACAUCGUCAAUCAAUGAUCUCAUCACCCGCUCCUGCCACACAACCAGAAUCUUCUCAACUAGCGGUUCCGGAGCCGCAGGCGGAACGAAAGAAGAGUAGGCUUGGAAAGCUCUUCGGGGUUAGCUCUCAAUCGCGUUCCAAGCUCCAGAAACAAAAAGUCGGGAGUCCAGUUGACGUUGGAGGAGUCAUACCCAAGGAGAAGCGUGGUAGCUUCUUGCGUCGAACCGACAGUAUGUCGUCGGAGCAGAGCGGCCAAUACAGCCGCCAGGACCAGCUUGGACAUCUUCCGUCGUCGAACAUCCAGUCUCACUCUGCAAGGCGGCAGUCUAAGGAUCUCCUGCGGGCUCCCACACCAGAACCUGGCGAGAGAGCUGCAGAGGGUAAGAAGAAGAGAUUCUCAGGAUUUGGAAGCAAUCUGUUCAAGAGCAGCAGCAGCAAUACGCGGGCUGCAACGGCGCCCACUCCUUCCUCCCAGACACAGGCUCAUGGGGAGCAUACCACCACUCAACGUGUUAUUUCCCCAGAACCCUACUCCGCGCCGGGUCAGCGCGUCACAUCUCCAGAGCCGUAUUCUGCUCAAACUCCUUAUGGCCAAUAUCCAGCUGGCCCAGGUAGCUACUUCCAGCAAGCGCCCGGACAGUCACAAUACCCUCAGCCCCAAAUAUCUCAAUACCAAAAGGUGCCCUCUGCAUAUCAACACCAAUCUCAGGCCACUAGUCAUCCAUACCCAGGACAAACCCCUCAGUCGCCGCCGCCAGGUCAUCAGCAAACCGUGGGAUCAUAUCCAUCUAGUGUAUCGCCCUAUAUGAACCCGAACCAAAGUCGGCCAUCCGAUCUUCGUAUUGACACAAGCGGCGGAAACCGUACCCAGUAUUACGCUCCCGCUACUGCCCCGGCACAAGGCUAUUCUCGACCGAUGUCGUACGCUUCGACUCCGUACAAUCAAAACCCGAGUCCUGGAGUGACAAACACAAGCGGGCCUACCUCUGCCCCUCUUGGGCAACCUACACCUCCACCUCAACAGGACCCUCGUACCCAUGUCAUCGACCUUCACAAACGAUCACGCUCACCACGACUUGGGCGUCCCGGCUCUGAUGACCUAGACUCCAACCGACAACGGGGUACUCAAAAUAUUAGCGUCAACAACAUGCUCGGUACAUUCAGUUCCAAGAAAAUCAGCCCUGUUGGUGGCAUCAAGCGGCCAGACGAUGAUCAAGAAAGACCCUUUGCAAUCACGGUGCCCGGGCUCGAAGAUGAUGGGAACGAGCGGCGCAAGAAGCAGCUUCUGAGGGAGCGAAUUGAAGGCGGGACAGCAAGGAGUGAGACGCCCGUUAGCCUUGCAUCCAGCGGCCAUCCUGAGCAUAUGACCACCGGCACAGGCCAGGGGCUAGAUCGCAACGUUUCAGUUCUCGAGGGAUCCCAUAAUCCAGCGUCCCCACGGGAAGCACGUCGCUCCAGUGCAAGGGACAAGACUACCCCCGGAAUGCUUGCUGAAUUACCAGGAUCCAAAGCAGAGGGGUAUGAAUCGGAAGAAGAGAUUCCGAUGAGUGCCACGGCGUACCCGGGACAGGAAUGGAUGCCUGUUUUCGUGGGCGACGACUGA